AUGUCCCCUCUCCCACUGAUGAGCAGGUUCCUCCUGCUACUCCUCCUUCGAAGCUGCCUUCCCAGCGUCAUGGCGACAUCAAGCUCCACGGCAACAGGGAGCCUGACAUCAUCACUACCCGAGCAGCCCCAGCUAGUGCCAGGGAGCACAGACUGCCCGUCAUGUGCGCUGGCACGGCUUCGGAAAAGCGGAUUGGACGCAUCUGUGACGGGUGACGAGGAGGAGAGUGCCCAGCAAGAUGUGGUGGAGGCAGUAAAAAGGCACAUCCUCAACAUGCUGCACCUACCAGCGCGGCCCAACAUCACGCACCCUGUUCCCCGCGCUGCCCUCCUCAAUGCCAUCCGUAAGCUGCACGUGGGUCGCGUGGGCAAAGACGGCAGUGUCCAGAUUGAGGACGAGGGCCACAGCCGUACCGAUACAGAGCAGGCUGAACAGACUGAGAUAAUCACCUUUGCCGAAGCAGGCGAAGCCCCUGGUUUCAUCAACUUCCUCAUCUCCAAGGAGAGCGGCGAGAUGUCCCUGGUCGAACAGGCCAAUGUCUGGCUCUUCCUCCGGCUGAACAAGAGCAACCGUAGCCGGGCUAAGGUCGCCAUCCGCCUGCUGCUGCGGGAGGGUUCCACCGAGACGCUGCUGGCUGAGAAAGCCGUAGAUACUCGCCGCAGUGGCUGGCACACCUUCCCCGUGUCGGGCAGCGUGCAGGCACUGCUGGAACGUGGUGGCAGUACACUCAGUUUGCACGUCCACUGCCCGCUCUGUGCUGAAUCCGGAGCCACGCCAGUCCUGGUCACCCAAUCAGGAGGCAGCGAACGAGAGCAGUCCCACCGUCCCUUCCUGAUGGCUGUGGUGCGGCAAGCGGAGGAGCACGGGCCACGGCGACGUCGCAAGCGAGGCCUGGAAUGCGAUGGAAAGGUGCGUGUCUGUUGCAAGCGGCAAUUCCAUGUCAACUUCAAAGACAUUGGCUGGAACGACUGGAUCAUCGCACCAUCUGGCUACCACGCCAACUAUUGCGAGGGUGACUGCCCCAGUCACAUAGCCAGCAUCACGGGCAACUCCCUCUCUUUCCACUCCACCGUCAUCAACCAUUACCGCAUGCGCGGCUACAGCCCCUUCACCAACAUCAAGUCGUGUUGUGUGCCCACGCGUCUGCGUGCCAUGUCCAUGCUCUACUACAACGAGGAGCAGAAGAUCGUUAAGAAGGACAUUCAGAACAUGAUUGUCGAGGAUUGUGGCUGUUCGUAA